CCGACCUCCACUAGAUGGAGUAAGCGGACAGCGGCGGCCUUCUCCGAUGAUUCACUGAAGCUAAUUCCCGUCACUUAAUUAAACCGGUCCAAAGCUCCAAAAUCAAGAUUCCGUCCAGUAAUUAGCUGUCUCUUUUGCUAUGCCAUCACAAAACAGCACUAAAAUCUCUGAUUUAAAUGUGGACGCUUUACACUUCCCACACUCUUCAACCACACUACUUUCCACUCAACUUCCGGCCGGCUUCACGCUCACACCACCAAGCCACCGUCGCCUUCCGCCCCCCCACCGCCACCUCAACCACCCCCUCCACAAUUAAUCACAACCCAUCAAUUCAAUCUCUCUGUGAAAAGGGCCAGCUCAAACAAGCUCUUGAGCUCCUUUCCCAGGAGCCCUAUCCGACUCAACACACCUACGAGCUCCUCAUCCUCUCUUGCGCCAACCAACAUUCCCUCUCUGACGCCCUUAUUGUUCACCGGAAACUGAUCGAUAAUGGGUUCGAUCAGGAUCCCUUUUUGGCCACCAAGCUCAUCAAUAUGUAUCACGAGUUGGAUUGCAUUGAACGUGUCCGCCAAGUGUUUGAUAAAACUCUUAAGAAAACUAUUUAUGUAUGGAAUGCACUUUUUCGAGCAUUAACAUUAUGGGGUCGUGGUGAAGAAGUAUUGGGUCUCUAUAGCCGUAUGAAUCGGAUUGGAAUUCCGUCGGAUAGGUUCACGUAUACGUAUGUGCUGAAAGCUUGCGUUGCUGCUGAGACAUUGGGUUCAUUGCUACAAAAAGGGAAGGAAAUUCAUGCUCACAUUCUACGACAUGGGUAUGAGAGCCAUAUCCAUAUUAUGACUACUAUGGUGGAUAUGUAUGCAAGAUUUGGUUGUGUGGCAGAUGCAACUAGUGUAUUCAAUUCGAUGCAGGUGAAAAAUGUGGUUUCUUGGAGUGCUAUGAUUGCGUGUUAUGCAAAAAAUGACAAGCCAUUUGAUGCAUUGGAACUUUUUCACCAAUUGGUGCUUGACAACUGCGAUACAUUGCCUAAUUCAGUUACGAUGGUCAGCGUGCUUCAAGCUUGUGCUGCGGUUGCUGCAUUGGGUCAAGGGAAGUUGAUACAUGGCUAUAUACUUAGAAAAGGUCUUGAUUCCAUUUUACCAGUUAUCAGUGCCAUGGUGACUAUGUAUGCAAGAUGUGGUAAUCUUGAAUGGGGAAAACGCGUGUUUUCUCAGAUGGAGAAGAAGGAUGUCGUUGCUUGGAAUUCCAUGAUCUCGAGUUAUGGUAUUCAUGGGUUCGGAAGAGAAGCUAUUGAAGUUUUUAAAGAGAUGAUAGUAAGUGGAGUGUCACCGAGUCCAAUUUCAUUUGUUAGUGUAUUGGGAGCUUGUAGUCAUUCUGGUCUCGUUGAGGAGGGCAGAUUUUUGUUUGAAUCCAUGAUAAAAGAACAUGGAAUUACUCCUACUGUGGAACAUUAUGCUUGUAUGGUUGAUCUUCUUGGUAGAGCCAAUCGAUUAUAUGAAGCAGCAAAGAUAAUACAGGACAUGCGGAUUGAACCAGGAGCCAAGGUCUGGGGUUCUCUUCUUGGAUCGUGCAGGAUCCAUUGUAACAUUGAGCUUGCAGAGAGAGCAAGCAAGAGGCUUUUUGAGCUUGAACCUAGAAAUGCAGGUAAUUAUGUUCUUUUGGCUGAUAUCUAUGCAGAAGCUGAGAUGUGGAGUGAGGUGAAAAGAGUGAAGAAGCUUAUAGAAGCUAGGGGACUGCAAAAGGUUUCUGGUUGUUGUUGGAUUGAAGUAGGAAGAAAAGUUUACUCACUCACAUCUGUUGACGAGUUUAAUCCACAAAUUGAGCAGAUUCAUGCCUUGCUAAUAAAACUGUUCAUAGAGAUGAAGGAAAAGGGUUAUGUACCAAAAACCAAAGUUGUGCUUUAUGAUCUUGAAGCAGAUGAGAAAGAGCGAAUCAUACUCGGUCAUAGUGAAAAAUUGGCUGUUGCCUUUGGCCUGAUUAAUAACAGCAAAGGGGAGACCAUAAGGAUCACCAAGAACUUGAGGUUAUGUGAAGACUGCCACUCUUUUACGAAGUAUAUUUCUAAAUUUGCAGAUAGAGAAAUAUUAGUUAGAGACGUGAACCGCUUUCACCAUUUCAAAGAUGGAGUUUGUUCAUGUGCGGAUUACUGGUAACUCGGAAUUUGGUUUCAACUCUUUGAUUUUCAUUAUAGAAUCCUCUAUAGACCUCAUCUAAAGCUCGUAGAAAACCUUUUUUUUUUUAACUUUUGUUUUUGUACGGCUGGUUUUGUCUUCCGCAGGUACAGUUAUAAUUCUACUUCACAUUGUAUGUCAUAACCA